UGGAUUAUUUUGGCUAAGUAGAAAUGCUCACUAACAGGGAUGUAAACAAAUUUGUACACAAAAUCUGAGAGAAAAGCUUUUUGUGCGUAUGGAUAAUUUCUGGGACGUUUUUAUAUCAGCUCAUGAAACAUGGGACCAACACAUGUUUAUUUUUGUUCAGUAUAUAUUCUACAGUCUGUGUUUUUAAGUGGCAUGUCAAUGAUCUGAUCUCUUGUCUAAUGAAAUCUUUUACGCGAAAGCAUCGGGCAAAUUUGAUUUCAGUCCUGUUCAAACCGCAUGUUUUACUUUCAACUGUAAGUACAUUAGGAGUGUAGAACAGUUUUGUAUAAUUUUGCUUUUGGUUUCACAAAAGUACAACUUUUUUUAUGGUUCACUUUUGCCUUCUAUAUGGUGUAAAUAACUUUUUUUUUUUUAAAUACUAACUGAUUAAAACAUGAGUUUCAAUUACAUCCAGUAUAGGAAACUCACCAAAUGUAGGUCUGUGUCCCAAAUGACACUGUUCGCUAUAGUGCACUACUUUUACUUUUGACUGGAGCCCUAUGGGAAGAGUGCCAUUUUGGAUGCAGCCUAGAGGUGGGGAAUCAAAGUGGGUUCCAUGUGUGGAACAGAAGUUCUGUGUGAUCUUUAUGGAUUUCAUUUAAACAUUAUGACCACAACCAGAACACACACACAGAGUACGCACACUCACACCGACAAACACACACACACUUUAUGGAUUCUGUGGUCAGAGUUGUGGUUUUCCUCAGAGUGCAUGUGAAACUCAUUAGUCUGUUUAUGGGUUAGGAGGAAAGACGAAACUGAUUGAAACUCCUAUCUUGUAAACAGCUCCGUGACAGCCUAUUGCACAAAGACUCAGUAAAAACGGGUGAAUUUAGACAUGAGAGUAGGGUAGUUCUGUCUUCCACCUCCUCCCCCUUAUUAUGACAUUGCAUGGAGACCAGAACAAGACAACUUCAGGGCCUAGGGAGCUGGAUUACCAAAAAUAUUUUAGUAUGUCUUAACUGUUUCUCCAUUUAAAUAAUUCCUCAGAUUUCUUUAAGACAAUUUUUAACAUUUGGCAUAGAGCUGUUGCAUGGCAUAUCACUUUAUUUUUGGAUUGGCAAUAUGGCCAAAUUAUCAGUCCUUUGCCAACCAAAAAUAUGUUUCUCAAUCCACCUUAUUUAAUGGGCCUUUAAUCAUUUUAAGAAAACUCAGCCCUCCACACCUCUCUCUUCCAUGACCCAGAAACCGAUAAGUGGUCAGGUGGUGAUGUCAAUUCGUUAGUAGGCGAACGGAUGAGUGUGCUUCCCUCCUUGAUAGCCACCUUUCAUCAAGUUGCCAUUUGUGGAAGAGUUUUGAAAUCUGCCACACCCCCUUUGAUUCAGCUUUUGUUUUGUUGGAGAAAAGCAUACACACGUUUAAAAACAAUAUGGAACUUAUUGUGUCUUUAAAAUGUCCUGCACAACUAAUUUAAUUUGUUUUUAAUCACUUUUCACUUAUUUUGGGCUCCACCACUGUAAACGUAAUUAAACAGAUGAAGCGCGGUCAUGUCUAGAAGGGAUGCCGCUAAUGUGAAAGUGAUGUCAGUUUACAUAUUCAAGUCAAGUCGGAAGUCAUUUUAGCUAACCCUAACACUUUUCCAAACCUUACCUAAACCUAACCUGCUGCUUAAAGUUUUCCUGACUUACGAAAAGUCACUUUUGACAAUGGGGCAUGCCAUCUCGUCAAAACCAUGACACGCGAGUGGGGGAGUCUUUCAUACAAGCGCAUUUUCCUCCACGUACAGUCUCCUCGCCACAUCACCUCGAUUACCUUUGACCUUUUUCAAAAGGAGGCGAGAGAGGGCGGAGUAAAGAGGACGCAGGAGUUGCGAAAAUCCAAUUGAGAAAAGGCAUGGCUUCCAUACAUUAACCAUACACACCCUAUCUGCCUGACAGCUUCACUAAAGAAACUCAGAGCCUAGUGUAUAGAUAAGAACGUUUACUCUCCUCCCCAGCCUGAAAUCAAACUCCCAUCUCUAUUCAUGCUGUUGAAUAGCACACCUGCCUGCCAUGUCCUGUAUGGCGACUAGACUGACUGCAUCAGGCCUUCCCAACGACAUUUUAUGCAAAGCAUCAUGUUUCCCUACAUAGGAUGUCAUCAUUUGAUUUGAAUACAUCAGUUUACCUUUUAGAUUAUGAAUUGUUUUGUCAUAAGAUAAAUGUUUGUUUUAGGGCUCAGUCUAUAAUAUAACUAGGCUUGCAAAAAAUUAUAUCAAAGGAGAGUUGUUGAACAUUACAAGCUGACGUUAUUUGCGUUUAUGUGUGUCGGUCUGUUUUUACCCGUUUUUUCUAGUUUUACAUUCAAGAGGGAAAUUGAAAACCGUUCGUCUCAUUUGCAUAACGUUUUCUCACCGGGGAGAAAGAGGACUCCCCGUACUCCCAUACAUCAUGCUCGAGCCUCAUCUACAUGAGAACUGUCCCCGCGCACUGACGGGACUUGACCACAAUAAAGACAGAUGCUCGCAAGCCUUUAUGUGGUUAACUGAAAAGGAAUUAAGGCGCGUGGUGUUUUAAAAGAAGGUGCCUUGGCAUGUUUUCUUUUCUCUCUCUGACAAUAUUGAGAUGAAUUGUUAAAAAUCAAUGCAUGAAUGAACAGAGGAUCUGAAAAAAGGUUGUGUUAUCAAUGGGUCUGGGUUGAUAUGACAACCUCGAAUUUGGGGAAAUGUUUAGGUGUGUAAUUUUAUUUCAGGAUGACAUGAGUUAUUUGACAUAUAGUUGUAACAGAGGACUUUUAAAUAUUAAAUAGGCCUACCUAAUUGAUGACAGCAUCCGCGGUGUCUGUCUAGGUAGGCUAGUGUGAGUGUGUUGGCCCACACUUUUCCAUUUUGGUGUCACAUUUUAUGUUGUGCAAAUCAUCAGUUAUUGUUUCAAGUGCAUUGAGGGGUGUUGGGGCUAUGCGUUCCCUCAUGAAUGAUAAUCAGUGAGAUGGCUGUUGAGAAUAGAAUAGAACACUAUUUGAUCUGUGAUUGUAGAGAAAGGCGCUCGCUCUUGAGAAUAAAGAACAUCUGCCUCAGUAGAGCGCUUUCAUGACGGGCACACGGAAACUGUGGAAACUGGAUCACCAAGGUACUGGAAUUAACCAUUAACCGAACAGUUUGUUGGGCGAUAGCCCUUGUGCGUCUGUCCGAUUCUCCAUACUCUUGGCCGGGAUUUUGAUGCUGUCCAGCCACAAACGCACUUCGCCCGCUGCUUCUUGAGGGUCGAGUGUGUGUGCGAGUGAGUGAGAGAGCGAAUGAAUAAUCCUUUAGAUUGAGUAACAACACCAUUGAGGGAACUCUGCCGGAGUCGUCCAGUCUAGAGAGAAAUUGAGAGUGAAGGCGAGACGCUGCACGGGGACAAUGUCCUGAUCCACAACCAUUUACUUUAUGGCUUCAGUUUAACAGGACCUAACGGAUGACUUACUAAAUAUAGACAAAUUGACAAAGGUUUUAGUCGACGACAAAACAUUUACUUACUGGUGUGGUUUUGCGAGUUGAUUUGGGUUCAUUAACGUUAGACAUCUCACCAAUCCUCUCCACACACGGACUUUCUCUGCUGCCCUGAACGUGGUUUUCUAAAAGGCAUCCCCAGGUGAUGACCUCACUGCUGUUCUCCAGCCCCACCCACGUUGUCAUGAAGGACCGCGAGCUGCCGUCAUCCUCCCUCACCCUCCUCCACUACACCGGGACGGCAGUACCUGUCAAGACACCCGGGGGUGGCCCCUUACCCCCAUCCUCCACCACCCUCCACACCUCCACCUCUCCAUCCCUCUCCAAACCCCAGCCAUUCUGCCUGCAGACCCUCCAGACCGGCCCUCACCUCCUCGCCAGCAUGCAGCUCCAGAAACUCAACUCCCACUACCAGAGUCUGGCUGGAGGUAUAGGUGGCGGCGUAGCCUCUGUGCCCACCUCAGGACCUCAGAGGGUGUUUGGGGCCUCAAUGCUGGGCUCGGCGGGGCAGCUGGUGGGGGGUACCCCUGGAGGUGUUGGAGGGAGGAAUCAGGGCUGUGGGGGGAUUAUUGACUCUGACCCGGUGGACGAAGAGGUUCUGAUGUCAUUGGUCGUAGAGCUGGGGUUGGACCAGGCUAACGAGCUGCCUGAACUCUGGCUAGGACAGAACGAGUUUGACUUCAUAGCGGAUGUACCUGCCGGAUGCUGACCCACACAAAUGGAGGGAUGAAAGGAGGGGAUCUGUGCUCUCUCAUUCUUUCCUUUUCAUUACUCUCUAGGUUGGAUUGACAUAAACUCUAAUGUCCCGGCUGGGUGCUCACCCAAACACACGAAAUUAGACUUUUGGGGUCACCCUCUGUUUUUCUCUGAAGGACAAGUUAUGGACACAAACUGACCCAAAAAGAGCAUGCUGUUCUCUUGUUUUUCCUCUGUAUCCCCUUCUAAAUUUUAAAGGAGAAAGGAUAGACACAGGGUCUAAUGUUUUUGUGUGUCUCACAGAAAAUACUAUGUUACUGAGGGAACUUGAGCCUCAGACCUGUCUGUCAAUUUCACUGUACGUCCCAAGGGCCCCCUACACACACACCGGCAGAAGGAGGGAUGGAUGGUAUUACGAUCCGGUAAUGGAAGUAGCAGCCGUGAAACAGGCACUUGUCACUUAUUCAGUUACCCCAACAUUCAGGAGAGUUCAGUGGGUUUGAUGGGACAUCAGGGUGUGUGUGAUUGUUCAGGUCCCUGUGACAUAAGACAGACAUGACAGGAGGCAUCAGAAGCCUGUGUAGUCUCGGUGGACCGGUGUAACCUGACCUGUAUGGUGCUGUCAGUGUCUGUAUCUAAAUAAAUGAAUGAGUCUUAGCGUCCGUGGUCUUCGUGUACCUGGUAACUCUGUAGGUGAAAUGAAUCAUAGUCCCCCCCUGCCCCAUCAUUCUCUCUGUCUAUUGUACGUCUCUUCAUCCUUCUCUCUCUCCACCCCCUCCAUCUCUGUCCCCUGUGGUCCUAGAGCCAAGACGCUCCAUUACUACCUACUCUGCUGUUGUACCGUCAAUGUGUAUGUCCCAAAUGGCACCCAAUUUCCUAUAUAGGGCACUACUUUUGAACAGGACCCAUAGGGCUCUGUGUGUGUUAUAUAUAUAUAUAUAUAUAUAUGAGAGAGAAUAGGGUGCCAUAUAGGACAUCUCCAAUAGUUAAUGAGGGUUACAGGUAAUGAGGUGGUUAAAGAAGGGUGACUUUAAAAAUAAAAAUAUUGUUUUUUUGGAGGGGUGUUGAAUUGUGAGAGCUGAAGGCUAAUUAAUGAUAAACUAAUGAUUGUGUAAUAGAUUUUUUUUUACAGUACAUGUUCAGAAGACUACAGAAACAAGAUUCCCUCUUUAUAAAGAGGAAACGUUCCAAUUGACUAAGUUCCCAUGUUCCAAGUGUGAGUCACAUGGCAUCAUCAUGCUUUUUUCACCAUGUGAUACGUUGGUGUUUUUACCAUGCGAGUUAGUCAGUCAGUAAGCCUACAGUAGACCAAAGCAGGAGUAGGCUACAUAUCUAAACAGGGUCCUUAUUGUUUUGUAGUUUUAGUUGCUGGAUCACUUGAUCGUAAGAGAGCACGAGUGUGUGUGACUGCUUGCAUGGGAAAGUAUUCCUGUAAGUUUCCCUUUAAGUUUUGACUCCAAGGAAAUGCAAGAUAACUAUGGUAACACACCAACUUAUUUCCUAAUCAGAAACCCUUUGAGCUUCCAGACUAGCAAGAACAUUUACUUUUCAUGAAAUGUUUGUUUUGCUUUCCUUAUGACAUUUCAGAUCUUUUUGUGAUCACUUUCUUUUUGUUUUAGCUCGAGAAACACUUCUUGCUAUUGAUUUUGUAAAGGAAAAAAAAAAUGGGGGGAAAAAAAUGAAUCACUUGUCUAGAUACUGCACUGAUUUUAUGGUCCUAAGUUUCUCUCUUUAAAUCACACCUUUUUUUAAUUGAGGCCUUAUUUUAGAAAGGGAGAGGGACCUAUUUCUUUAUUUUUAUCUAUUUUCUUUUUGUUUUUGAAAUGACAGAUGGAAUCAUAACUGAUGUUGAUUUUUGUUUUAGCACUUUCUCUGUUUGCAUCUCAUUUGUAUCUUUGUGAAAAUAUGUACUAGAUCAUAUUUAAAUGCUUGUAUUUUUGUUACUUCUCGGCGUUUGUGGGAAAAUAAAGAAUACCAACCUGAA